CUCUGAUCUGCUAGUCGUCUUACGGAACACAACCGAAACUCUAAAGGCGGAAUCACCGCACGAUAUGCUCGAGACGAAAUAAAAACGGACAGCCUAAUCAUAACGUAACGGCGAAUCGAACGGGCCGGAUCGUUGUCGGGAAAGUUCCGUUCCUUUUCAGGGGCCCCGAGUUGCGGUUUGUGUCCCUUGCGAAACGACGACGACGGUUAGAUUCGAAGUGCGUUUGACGCGUGGUCCGUUGAAAUAGUUCGUUUUUUUUUUUUCAAGGGGGUUUCACAGAGUGAGAAGAGGAAUCCCGGUGGAAUUUCGUGGUCUUCCGGGUGCGAGUGUGUGCGAUUGUGAUCUCUGGUGGUUUUGCGGUUUGGACUUUGGGGUUUGAUUGACAAGCGAAGGGUAACUCGGUGACUUAAGAUUCGAUUUGUGAAACAAUUCAGUUGGAACGUGAGCUAUGUGAAUUCAACGAAAUCUAGAAGAACUAUUCUAUAUGAGUCACAUCUUCUUCGAAACGACAUCCAUCACGAACGUUCGGCUGCAAUGAGCUGAAUAACGAACGACUCCGAUGCAAUUCCAUUGAAACGCCAUCCCAGGCAGAAGGAAGGCAUUAUUGUAUCGAAUCCCCCCAGCAUCUGGAGGAAGGCUUCUAAUUGGAACGAAAGGCACCCACUCACACAAUUAGGAGGAUCACUUGUCGUACAGUAAUGAUUCUACUAUUGCUACUGAUUGGCUCGUUUCCGGGAACAUUAAUUACGUUCGUCUCGAGCUAUUCGGUAAAAGCCGGCCACGUGCAACUGCACAACACUCUCGAGAAUGGAUUACUGAUUGCAGCCAACGUUUCCAUCGGGCAUUUACGGAAGCACAAAUAUUUCUAUUACAUUCCGCGGAUCAAUAACUCACCGCACAAUCGCAAACAAAGGAACUCCUCAACUUACGCCAAGGCCGACUAUGAUGAUGAUAAUCAGCACAGUGGUCGCCCUUUGCCUCUUGAACUCCGCCGUCUACGUCAUAUCUCCAUACCAACGGGAGGCCUACUAGAUCAUGCGCCACAACAGCAACCUCCAUCCCCACCGUUGUCUUCUCAGAUCCAACAUCCUCAACAGCUACAAAAAUUCCAACGCUAUUACAUCUACAACACAGCCCCGCGAAGGCGUAAUCUUCCAUCGUCGGAAAUCGAUGGCUUCAUGGCCAACAAGAAUCAACUGUUCAAAACGGGAACACGACCUUCUGCGGCGCAGCUGGCCAACGGAUCGCUCAACGACGGUCGCUUCGAAGACGCCAUGCUACUACGGAAGGUCAGGAAGCGCUCCGCCGCGGACGACAUGCUCAGCAAGAACAUCACGCUGAUCUUGGAGAACUUGCUCAAGAGUUACGAAAACUCGCAGAUGCCGACGCAUGGUCAAAACAUUCCAACGAUUGUCAAAACCAAUAUCCUCAUCCGGAGUAUGGGCCCAGUUUCGGAACUUGACAUGGACUACUCGAUGGAUUGCUACUUCAGGCAGUACUGGCGCGACAAGCGCCUCAGCUUCCACGGUCCCAUCAAAAGCCUCUCGCUCAGCAUAAAAAUGCUGGAGCGCAUCUGGCGUCCGGAUACCUACUUCUACAACGGGAAGCACUCGCACGUUCACACCAUAACCGUGCCGAACAAGCUGCUUCGGCUGAGCCAGGACGGCGAAAUUCUCUACUCGAUGCGCCUCACCAUCAAAGCGUCCUGUCUGAUGCAGCUGCGCAGCUUUCCCAUGGAUCGGCAGUCAUGUCCGCUAGUCCUCGGCAGCUAUGCCUACUCCCGCCAACAGCUCAUCUACCAGUGGAAGGACGACGACUCGGUCAACUUUGUACCGGGUAUGACGCUGUCGCAGUUUGACCUGAUGAGCUUCCACCAGAAGAAUUACACGUUCGCGAGGAGGGAAGGCGAGUUCUCGGUGCUGCACGUGUCGUUCAACCUGCAGCGGCACACCGGAUACUUUCUGAUUCAGGUGUACGUUCCGUGCAUUCUGAUUGUGGUGCUGUCGUGGGUUUCGUUCUGGAUUCAUCGGGAGGCGACCAGCGAUCGGGUUGGGUUGGGGAUCACGACUGUGCUGACGCUGUCUACGAUCAGUUUGGACUCGAGGACGGAUCUGCCCAAGGUGCGGUACGCUACCGCGUUGGAUUGGUUUCUGCUGAUGAGCUUCUUUUACUGCAUUGCUACGUUGCUGGAGUUUGCCGGGGUGCAUUACUUUACAAAGGUCGGUAGUGGCGAGAUCCCGCUGGACGAAGAUGAAUGGGAGGACAUCGACAACGUGGUGGAGAUCGGGCUGAACAUCAUAGGCGGAGGAAGCACCAUAGGAGGAGCACCAGGAGGAGGAAUGAUUCGAUCGCGGACGGCUUCGAUCCACGAUUCACCGCAGCGGUUGAUGGCGGCACGGAGGCGCAGUUCGUUGAUCUGUCCCAUCUACAACGAUCCGCAGCAUAUGUUCAAGGCGACUACGUCGCAUCUGUCGACCAUGGAGCGAACGACGCAGACCGAACCGCCGAAGGAACCCCGCUGGAAGCAGCUGUGGCUGUGCUUCCUGGGGGACGAUCAGUUCCGGCGACGGAGGCAGCGGGAAGCUACCGGGCGGGGAGGCGCCAGCCGUCACGUCAACAGCGUAUCGCUGAUCGAUCAAGCCGCCAGGGUGCUCUUCCCAGCGUCCUUCACCUUUUUCAACGUGCUCUACUGGUUGUGCUACUACACCUACCAGGCGGAUUUCACCUGGGCUCCGUUGAAGGAGGUUUAACCUUGUUGAUGAGUCGAAUCCAAAAAAAGUAGCUUUUAAUCAAAAACAUGUUUGAACAAUAUGAACAAAUUUGAGUAAGUCAUCCAACUUGACAAAUAAUCAAAACCCGAAUUUGCAUCCAUCGAUUAAGGUUUCAAACCAUAGGUUAGCGAACACGUUUUACAGGGAAGAUUUCUUUCCAAAACAAAAUAAGAGAGAAAAACCGGCUCCUAUCCUAGUCAAGUCCUGAUUUAAUUCCUUAAACCGUUCUCCGAAUUUACGUUAUAUAAAAUAAAUAAAGCACAAAUACACAAACGGUUGUUGCAUGCUGCUGUUGUUGCUGUUGUAGUAGGUAGUUGCCGUAAUAUUAAGUGAUAGUCGACUCGUGUUGUUCUUGCUUCUAAGUAGCGUCUUUCUUUUACUAACAUUGUUCUUCGAAAGCCCUUUGCCCAAUAUUUGCUUUGACGUUGUUCCAAACUGUGUCAUUGUAGCUGCCUCUAAAUUGCAGUGACAUUUUUCUGAUGUUUUUCGAGUAAAAAAUAUUCCCGUUACAAAAUCUCAAGUGAGUUCAGUAGAAAAAGGUAAUUAAUCCCAGAAACUCAUAAAGGCCUCGGUUCAUUUUGUGUUAUACUGGUUCGUAAGUAAGUAAGUAGGCUGUGGGGCACGGUUAGAGUGCACCGCCUACUGAGUUGAUUCGAUGGUUUUUCGAUGGUGAUGCGUGUGGUUAACAAUCGGAAAGAAUAUUAAUUAAUUAGGUGUGUGCGAUGACCGUUGGUUUUAAUUCAGAGGGUUAUCACAAGUU